AUGUCGUGGCGUGGUGAACCUGGAAGCAGACCGACUCAGCAGCUGAUUCAUGAUGGAGGAAAGCAAGGUGGGGGUAGCGGAAAGACCACAUCUGAUGCAGAGUGCAUUUCUGAUGCUGUGGGAAACGAAAGCCACGCUCACGAAGGAGACAUACCGGGAACUGUUGAUCUCAGUGCUGUCGAAGGCGAUGACACUGCAUAUGGACAAGCAUUGUAUCCUGUUCCAGCCGAGGACCCCAACAAUCCACUACAGUGGCCAAUAUGGAAGAAAAACACCAUCCUCAUUAUUGUUGCCGUAUAUUCAUUUUUGGGCAAUAGUGCAUUAACCGGCCCAUCUGUUUACAUCACCAUCUUUAGUGAAGAUUUUGGAAUCUCAUCUGCAGAUGCGUCUGGCCUGAUCUCCUAUGCCAACUUGGCAUUUGGUUUUGGUAUGUACCUGUUCCUUGAAUUAUGA